UGCCAGGGCUCUGUUACACACAUCUGGGUCAGAGCUGCCGCCAGGAGACUGCACCCAUCGAGUCAGGAACAUGUGGCUGUGCCCAGCUCUGCUCCUUCUCUGCCUGCGAGGUUGUUUAUCCCUGACGGCCCCCAGCUCUGUGUCUGGCUAUGUGGGAGGCACUGUUCAUGUGCAGUGCCAGUACGGAAAAUCAUACAAGGACAAUGUUAAAUACUGGUGUCGAGGAAAUCACGACACGGGAUGUAAAACUGUUGUGGAAAUCAAUAGGAGGGGGGAAGAAAAGAAGAAUGGCCGAGUGUCCGUCAGAGACCACACUGAGAACUUCUCCAUGACUGUGACCAUGGAGAACCUCAGCGAAGAUGACGCUGGAUCUUACUGGUGCAAGAUCCAGACUAUCUUUAUUUUGGAUUCGUGGUCACGUGACCCAGCAGUCCUUGUUAGAGUGCAUGUUUACCCAGCCACAACUUCCAUGGAGACCACACUCCCAGCUACAGCUCCCACCCUCCUGAUAGUGAAUACUGGACACCUGAGGAUUAGCAUCAGUGAGAUGCUCCUCUUCCAGCUAUGGUCCCUGCUCAGCAGCAUCCAUUUCCAGGUCCUGGUCUUCCUGAAGCUGCCCCUGUUUCUAAGCAUGCUCUGUGCUGUCUUCUGGGUGAACAGGAUUCAGAAUAUUCCUGGGGGGAAUUCAGGGUGAACUGCCCAAGAGCUGUGAAGUGAAUUAUCCCAGGAAUGCCCUGGGAGGGACUCAGACCUACAGAAUGAGUGAGACACACACUGGACUCUGGAUUGACUCUGCAUGGAGACAUCGGUGCCUGGAUUCUUGACUUUACUAUGCCAAUCUCAAGGGAGAGAACUGACUAUCUGAAACUCUUAGAUAUCAGACUCCCAUGGGGUCUUCAGCAUAAAAGGGGGAACAAGGCAGGGAAUAAUGAAUGGAACACACCUUUAAUACCAGCACUGGAGAGGCAAAGGCUGGUGGGUCUCUGUGAGCUUGAGGCCAGCCUGGUUUACAUAAUGAGUUCCAGACAGCUAGGGCUACAUAAUGAGAUUGUCUCAAGCAUCCCCCCAAAGGAGCAAGACUUUCUUGGGCUCCCUUGGGCCCUGUGUUGGAGGUCUCCCUUUCCUUUCUCCAGAUUUCUUGGUUUGUGCUCUUACUUGCUCCAAAGGGUAAGAAUCCUCUAGAAUGUCCUUGAACAUGAGACCCUUGAUCUCUGUGACACAAAAAUCAUCUUAUGUCAUUGUCUCUGAUGGCAACAAUAACCUCCUUCCUACAGAGAAGAGGUUCCCUCAGGAACAUGUCCUUCAUAGACUUGGAUCUCAGGCCAUGUCUCCUCUUCUAGAACAAUCCCAGAGGAUUUGGCUUCUGGCAGAGCAUCUUCUCUGCCCAUUCUCCCAAAUACACAGCAUUCUUUUACCUCAUCUGAUUAUUUUAGCUCACUAUGAUCUCGAAGCCUCCUAAUGUCCCCAUGACCAGAGAGCAUGUGUCAGAGUUCAGCAUUUGCUUGCCUGGGCUGACAAUAGCCAAUCAGCUUGAAAGUACAGUUCUGUGGUUGUUUGGAUCAGCAGUAGAGAAAGAGGUGGUGAGUGCCCAUGAUGCCACUCUGUAUUUCCUAACCCAGGGUCUCCUGUGCAUAGUGUUAAUGGAGGGUCCAUCUUUGUUCACUCAAGAAACUGGCUGAGUCCACUUUGGGGAUAAAGACAGAUAUUCAAAGACAGAUGACAAGGAGAUGUCACAUCAUCUGGGCAUCCAUUGAACAUCCUGAGUUCAGAAAAAGACCUGCUUGCUAAAUGCUUGCAAUUUUCUUCCUUGAUGUUCUUUGCAAGGGGACCUCACAGGGUUGGCUACAAGCAUCAUCAUCUCCAUCCAAGCCAGGCAUUGAGGCCAGACUUCUCUCUGCACCCUCAGGUUCAUGCCUGCUUUGAACUAGUAAUGCCCAUUUCCUCAGAGAGGACAUGUUUAUAGGAGCAUCAUAAGUGAGUGUGAAGACACAGGGAGUAACUCUCACAAGGAUAGUUCUUAGGCUCUAUCCACAGACAUAGUUUCUUAUGGUGAGGCAUGUCUGUCAGUCCAACAUAGUGAAGCUUUUCUUCUAGCACUUCAGAUGGAGUGUGUGGAUUCAGCAUCAACUCUUGCCUACAUUUUCACCUGAACACUGGAUAUAGUUGAGUGUACUAAGAUCCUGGAUAUAAUAUAGGAGAGUUUACCUAGCUGGUGGUGUGUCAUCUUCAAGGAUGAGUCGGAGAGUGGAGGGUCUAAGUCUGUGAGAUGAGAGUCACUGAUGGGUAUGGGAAAGAAAAGGGCAGGCUUGGAUGCUACAGAACCUAGCUUUUCUGUUUGUGACUGCAUUAACAGACAGAGGUGUUGACUAGGAGUUAGAGGUGUGGGCUAGCAGAAUGUGGAGGGCUGGAGAGGAAGAAAUGGGGAGAGAGUAACUGGUGCCCAGGGGUAGGUGAAAAUUACCAGUGAGCUUUCAGAACCAAGAACAGAGCUCCGGAGAGGAGGUGAAGCUCCUGAGGUACGAGUUCAGGACCAAGGACAGAGACUGCGGUGAGGAGGAGAUGCUAAGGUAAGAAUUCAGGACCAAGGACAGAGAUCACGGAGCCUCUUCCGCACAGGAGCCACUGAAUUUGACACACAUAGUUACUGGAACUUCAAGAGACCUUGUGCCUAGAAUGUAGAAUCUCAUGAACUCCUCCUCUAACUUCCUCUAGCGUGGAGCACUCUAUGUAUGUAGUGCGAGGUUAAAAAAAAAAAAAGUCGGCACAAUAUUGUGAGCUGUAUUGUAGCCCUUACUCAAUUCUCAACAGUUUCACAUGUAUUCAUUUACAUGCAUGUUUAAUUAUGCACUGUAGUCCCACAUGUACAUCCAUGUAAUGACCAUCAUCCAUCAUGGUCAAAACAGAAUCUCUCCAUCACCACAAAACCUUCUUCAUCCAGACUGCCCCAUGACUGCCCGCUAGAGACCCUGAUAUGCUCUACAACUCUGGUUUUGUCACUUUGAGAAUAUUCUGGAAUUGGAAGCAUUCCAGUGUCAUAUUUUGAGAUCAGCCCUCCCCCACCUUAGUAAGUUACAGUGCCUCUGGUAUCCAUAAAAGCAGAUGUACUUAGAAAUAAUUCAUUCCUCUUUGUUAAUGGGUAUUAUUCCAUUGUAUAACAGAAUAAAUUCACAACGGUUUGUUUAACUACUUGUUUACUGGGGUGUUGGGGUCAUUUCCAUUACAAAUAAAACUGUUACCCAUGGUCAAAUAUA